UGUGGAUGAAGAAGAUGAGGAAGAUGAGCUGGACCAGUCACAGCACCACGUUCCCAUCCAGGACGCCUUCCCCUUCCUGAACAUCAAUGGCUCCGGGCCAGCCAGUUUCCGGCUUAAGCAAGGAGAAUGUUCCAGCGGUAACCAACAAGGAGAACCUGGCGACGCCGGUCUCGACUCCAUUCCUGGAGCCGACCCUGGGGAGCGACGGCUCUGCGGUCACUUUCGGGAAAACCCAAGAGGAUCCCAAACCAUUUUGCGUGGGCAGUGCCCCACCGAGUGUGGACGUCACCCCCACCUACACCAAAGACGGAGCUGACGAGGCAGGAUCAACCGAUGGCAAAGUUCUGAAACCGAAGCCAUCUAAGCUGGCAAAGAGAAUCGCAAACUCCGCUGGUUACGUGGGUGACCGGUUCAAGCGUGUCGCUACCGGACUGUACGCAGACUCCAGUCAGCUCGGCCGGGACCAGGGGGCAUUGCAGCGUGCGGUGAUGCGCUUCUCAGAGUUGGAGAUGAAAGAGCGAGAAGGUGGCCACCCCACGACCAAAGACUCCGAGGUGUGCAAAUUCAGCCCCGCUGACUGGAAAAGGCUGAAAGGAAGUCAGGACAAAAAGCCAAAGUUGGUCGCCCUGGAGGAGGCCAUUGCCGACCAGAACAACAGUGAGAGAUGGGAGUGUUAUGAUGGAAGCAAACCUGACCCCUUCAAAGCCCCAGAAGACAGUGAUCUUCCUGAGGACAUGGACACGGAGCCCCCCAGAGAGUCCCCCGCCGACCAGGCGGCCCCGGACGCGUCACGCAGCCCCACCCUCCGGCUGAACAGAAAGCGCAAGGUCUCUGGCAAUAGGAACCACACUGAGACCACUGUGCUCCCGGAGGACUCUCUGCUGAAAGCCAAGCGGAGACGGGUCUCCAAAGGGCUCCAUCCCAGAAAGCAGCGCCGCUUGCUGCACCUUAGAGAACGGCGGGAGCAGAGAGCAAACCUGGCCGGCAGGGCAGGAAGGAAGUGACCCAGGCG